AUGUUCCUUCGCUCCGUGUCUCGCGCUGCUCCUCGCAGCUCGGUUGUGCCCACCACUGCCACUCGUUCCUUCCGCGCCGUCCCCGGUCCCCUGUCUUGCCUGAACGCCCGUCCUCAGGCUGAGAAGAAGGCCGUCGCUCCCCAGCAGACCCGCGCCGCCUCCGAGCAUGCCAUCGCCAAUCCCACACUCGCCGGUAUCGAGAAGCGCUGGGAGGCUCUCCCUCCCCAGGAGCAGGCCGAUCUGUGGAUGCAGCUCCGGGACCGCAUGAAGGUCGACUGGCACCAGAUGACCCUGCAGGAGAAGAAGGCUGGUAAGGCAUUUCCACGAUGA